UUCUAAUGAUCCUUGCUUUCCCCAAAUUCGUGUAAACGAACAGAAUUGUUAUCACAAUUAUUAUUCUUCCCUUGAAUUUCAGAUAUUACUCAUUAAUUCUAGAUUAAUUUUGGGGAUGAAGAUGGUGUUUUUUUUUUUUUUUUGGGAUAAUCAAGGUACAAUUUUGAAGUCGUAGAUGAUUCAUUCUGCAACGGAUCGUUUCUGGGUCGGUGUUUGUUUCCCGGGAUAUAUUCCUCUACCUUACCUUUUUCAUCGCUCUCUCUCUCUCUCUCUGUGUGUGUGUGUGUGUGUGCGCGUGUGUGUUGAAGUUUCGGUGUAACACGGUAGUUACGUGGGGCAAAUCUGGCUGACACCCCCCUUUUUUGUAUUUCUCUGUGGAGGAUCUAAUUUUGAUAUUGUGUAUCGCUUCAAUGGGGGAUUUUGAUCAGCAUUUGAUGGAGCUCUCGGGUUGAAUUUCCUGUUUGAUCAACAGAGGUGCUUUGUUUUGAUUGGUUCAAGAAUUUUGGUCUUUUGGGGGAAAAGUUUCCAUAACCCUCCUUUUUUGUGGGAGAUGGGUUUGUUUUGCAAUGGGGAGGGAGAAGUGGAGUGAUUGAGGAGAGAUGGGUUUGACCUUUUGAGUUGGAAUUUUUUGCAUGGAAGCGUGUUCUUUUCUUGUAUGUGAUGGUGCAUGAAGGUUUUCAUCCUGGUAUGAGCUUUUUGUCUCUUUUAAAUUCGGUGAAUUUUGUCAACAUUCAUUUAAUUUGACUUGGUGUUGUUUGGAUUGUACUAUUAGUUAUCCUGUUGUCCUUGUUUAGCAGUAAGAGUGAUUUGUGAGAGUUGAAUUGGUUGAACGGUUGGGGAAGUAAGGUUCCUUUUUAUGAAUUUUAGUUCAAGGUUUAAUAGAGGUGGCAACUGAUCCUUUCCCAAGUGCUGAUUCGUUAAUGAAGUUGUUUGUUAGACUGGGAUGGAGAACGACGAACUGCCUCAACAAGGUUAGGGAUUGUUUGUGCAUAUAGAAGAAUUGAAUUUCUGAUUCUGAGGGUUUGCACCUGAGUUGUAACUUUUAAGUAUAGUAGCUUAGGAACUCCGGGAUUGAUCAUGUUCUUGUUGGUGUUCUAAUUCUUUAUUUUGGAUUAGUUUCCUAUUCAGAACAUGGUCUGUUAUGAGUUGCACAUGGGCAUGUCAUAAUGAACAGGGAAGCUAGAUUGUUUGUCAAUGGAUGCAAUAGACAAGGCUUUUUCUGAGCUUGUCGGCAUCAUCAAAUCAUGGAUUCCCUGGCACUCCGAGCCAGAAAAUGUGUCUAGGGAUUUCUGGAUGCCCGACCAGAGUUGUAGAGUAUGCUACGAGUGUGAUUCCCAGUUCACCUUAUUUAACCGUAGACACCAUUGUCGUCUUUGUGGACGAAUUUUCUGUGCCAAGUGUACAACAAACUCAGUUCCUGCCCCAUUUAGCAGCCAAAGGAAUUCCUGGGAUGAGUGGGAAAAGAUUCGUGUAUGCAAUUAUUGUUACAAGCAAUGGGAGCAGGGCAUAGUUUCUGUCGAUAACAGUAUCCAGGUUUCCAAUCUGGAUCGUAGUACUUCAAUGUCGACUUCAAGCUUGGCUAGUAGUAAAAGCAGUGGCACUGCUAACAGUAGUAAUAUUACUCUUUGCUCCAUGCCUUAUUCAGUUGGGUCUUAUCAACAAAUACAGCAGAGUCCCUGUCUGAACCUGCACCAAUCACCUGUGAGGGGAAAAGACACUGAUACCGAAGGUUUAUCAGCAUUAGGAGGGAGGAAUGAUCUUGUAGCAGACCUAGGGGAUCCAUUACCCAAGCAAUAUGGUUUCUCAAUAAACAGGAUUGAUGAUGAUGAGGAUGAGUAUGUUGCAUAUCGGUCAGAUUCAGAUAUAAGGCGUUAUCCUCAAGUGAAUAGCUACUAUGGACAAGCUGAGCUUGAUGGGAUAAGCAACACUGAUGGCUCACAGAAGGUGCAUCCUGAUGGAGAGAACAUUAAUGCAACACUCUCUUCAAAACAAAAACACACUUUUGACACACAGGAUUUGGAAGGAAUCCCAGUUACUGCAAAAAAUGAAGAUGAACCUGAUAUCUGUGAUGAAAAUGAAGCACCUUCCUCCCUAUAUGUUUCAGAGGAUGUUAAUGCCGAACCUGUUGAUUUUGAAAAUAAUGGACUUCUCUGGCUCCCUCCUGAACCAGAAAAUGAAGAAGAUGAACGGGAAGCUAUUUUGUUUGAUGAUGAUGAUGAUAAUGAUGGGAAUGCUAUUGGAGAAUGGGGGUAUCUGCAAAAUUCAAGCAGUUUUGGAAGUGGGGAGUCUCGACAAAGAGAUAGGUCAGGUGAGGAGCAAAAGAACGUAGUGAAGAAUGUAGUUGAUGGGCAUUUUAGGGCAUUGGUAGCUCAGCUGUUACAGGUUGAGAACCUACCUGUCGAAGACAAUGACAAAAACAGUUGGUUGGAGAUAAUCACAUCCCUGUCAUGGGAAGCUGCUACUUUAUUGAAACCAGAUAUGAGCAAAGGUGGGGGUAUGGACCCAGGUGGUUAUGUGAAAGUCAAAUGCAUAGCAUGUGGGAGCCGUAUGGAAAGUGUGGUGGUUAAAGGAGUUGUUGGUAAGAAAAAUGUGGCUCACAGGCGAAUGACAACAAAAGUGGAUAAACCUCGCUUGUUGAUCCUUGGAGGGGCUCUUGAGUACCAGCGUGUUACAAACCUCUUGUCCAGUGUGGAUACCCUAUUGCAGCAGGAAAUGGACCAUCUGAAGAUGGCAGUGGCAAAGAUAGCUGCACACCAGCCAAAUAUCCUUUUGGUAGAGAAAUCAGUUUCUCGAUAUGCACAGGAAUAUCUUCUUGCAAAAGACAUAUCUCUGGUUCUCAAUGUCAAGAGACCACUUUUGGAGCGCAUAGCACGUUGCACUGGCACUCAAAUAGUGCCUUCAAUAGAUCAUCUUUCAUCCCAAAAGUUGGGUUACUGUGAAACAUUUCAUGUUGAAAAGUUUCUUGAAGACCUAAGUAGUGCUGAUCAGGGUGGGAAAAAAACAGUGAAAACAUUGAUGUUUUUGGAAGGCUGCCCAAAACCGUUGGGUUGCACAAUUUUACUUAGAGGUGCUGACAAGGAUGAAUUGAAGAAGGUAAAGCAUGUGGUUCAGUAUGGAGUUUUUGCAGCUUACCAUUUGGCUCUGGAGACAUCUUUUCUUGCUGAUGAAGGUGUCUCCCUGCCAGAACUUCCAUUAAAUAGUCUGGCCCUUCCAGAUAGUUCAUCAUCCAUUCAGAGGUCCAUCUCAUUAGUUCCUGGUUUCACUGUUCCUAGCAAUGAAAAGUCACAGGGACUUGAACCUGACACUGGACCACGGAGAACCAAAAGUGUCACAGCUGCUGAUCUAGCCUCAUCGGCCUUCAGUAGAGGACCGUGUGUGUAUAAUGGUACUUCUGGAUCUAUGCCACUUGGAUCAAGUCAAAAUCAUUCAACUUCCUUUUACCCCUCCAUUGUUGUUUCAGAAAAUGCAAUUCCAGAUUCAUACCAUAAGCCGCUUCUUUCAUGCACUAGUAAAGACAGAAAUGAAAUAGACUCCAAAGAAUCUUUCGUGGAAGAAACUUCUGAAGUGGACAACACUCUGGUAGUCAUGGAUGAUCCUACUGUAAAUGGCUGUGGAACUUCAGAGAAAUUAUAUCAAGACAUUUUAACUGACCCUCCUCAAAAUGGUCAUAGCAAAUUCUCUACAAACCAAUUAAGUGGGUCUGAGUCAUUAUCUCCAAAAGAGAUUCAAAACCAGCUUGAGAAGCUUGAAAUCACAAAUGAAGACCCAGUUCCUCAAAAAGAAGAAUUUCCUCCAUCUCCCUCUGACCAUCAAAGCAUUUUGGUGUCUUUGUCCUCCCGAUGCGUUUGGAAGGGAACUGUGUGUGAGAGGUCCCAUCUCUUUCGAAUUAAAUACUAUGGCAGCUUUGAUAAACCAUUAGGUCGCUUUCUUCGGGACCAUUUAUUUGAUCAGAGUUAUCGAUGCCAUUCUUGUGAAAUGCCAUCGGAAGCACAUGUGCAUUGUUAUACUCAUCGACAGGGAACACUCACUAUAUCAGUCAAGAAACUACCAGAAAUUCUCCUACCUGGUGAAAGGGAAGGAAAGAUUUGGAUGUGGCACAGAUGCUUACGGUGUCCAAGAAUCAAUGGCUUUCCUCCUGCUACACAGAGAAUAGUAAUGUCUGAUGCUGCUUGGGGUUUAUCAUUUGGGAAAUUUUUAGAGCUCAGUUUCUCAAACCAUGCUGCAGCCAGCAGGGUGGCAAGCUGUGGCCAUUCUUUACACAGAGAUUGUCUUCGUUUUUAUGGAUUUGGGAAAAUGGUUGCUUGUUUUCGGUAUGCAUCAAUUGAUGUUCACUCAGUCUACCUUCCCCCCCACAAACUUGUUUUUGACUAUGGGAGUCAGGAUUGGAUACAAAAAGAGUCAGAUGAGGUGGUUAACCGAGCGGAGCUUUUAUUCUCAGAGGUACUCAAUGGUCUUAGUCAAAUUGGAGAGAAAAGAUCUAGUGCAGUCCUAAUCAGCGGUGGCCUUAAAACUCCUGAAUUAAGACGCCAAGUAGCUGAACUAGAGGGGAUGUUGCAAAAGGAGAAACUAGAAUUUGAGGAAACUCUUCAAAAGAUUUUGAAACAAGACAAGAUAAAGGGCCAACCUGGGAUUGACAUUCUGGAAAUUAAUAGAAUGCGGAGGCAGUUACUGUUCCAAUCGUAUAUGUGGGAUCACCGCCUUAUUUAUGCAGCCAACUUAGCCAAUUCCAGCAAAGAAACUGAUUUAAGCAGUUUAGUUUCAGAGGAUAAGGAGAGACCUAUUGAUGAAAAUCAGGUAAGUGUGGUCUCCACGGAAGGAAGGGGCUUCAGCGAUGUUAACUCUAUUCAUAGUGAUCCAAAGCUUAACAAAAGUCCUAGCCUUGGAGCAGGAGGAGGAGGUGGAGUGGUUGAUGGAAAAAUGUCCCAAUCUGAUGCCUGUCAUGAAGAAAUUGACAUGGCCAAAAGUAAAAAUGAUGAGAAAGAAGGCCAACCUAAUCUUUCAAUCAGCAAAAGCAUAAGUGAUCAGUCUGACCUUUUAGAACCUGAAUUGGGUAUUCGCAGAGCUCUCUCUGAUGGACCAUUUCCUGCCAUACCUAGUUUGUCUGAUACACUUGAUGCAAAAUGGACCGGUGAAAAGCAAUCAGGAUUUGGAAUCCAAAAGGACAACACUUCCAUAAAUCCUGAUUUAUUCACGGCAGAUGCUUUGACGACCACUAUACCGAAAGAAACAUACAAUCUAGGGGAUCGGGAUCGUGCAGAAGACCAGAAUGGCCCCAAGAGUAUCUAUUCUGCUUCUAAAGGUCAUGAUAAUAUGGAAGACUCUUUGAGCUGGUUAGGAAUGCCCUUCUUAAACUUCUAUCGUCAAUUUAACAAGAAUUUUUUUGCUAGUACACAGAAGUUGGAUACACUAGUUGACUACAAUCCCAUUUUUGUAUCAUCCUUCCGGAAGCUGGAACUCCAAGGUGGGGCAAGGCUGCUUCUGCCAAUUGGUGUUAAUGACACUGUAAUUCCUGUAUAUGAUGAUGAACCCUCAAGUAUUAUAGCUUAUGCCUUAAUGUCAUCCGAUUAUCAUUCCCAAUUGACUGAUGAAGGAGAGAGACCAAAGGAAGGAAUGGAUUUAGCUUCGUCAUAUUUUUCUGAAUCAGGCACCUUCCAGUCAUUCACAUCUACUGAUGAAUCAGCUUUUGAUUCUCUGAAAAGUUUCGGGUCAACAGAGGACAUGAUAUUGUCCUUGUCUGGGUCUCGUAAUGCAUCGAUGCUGGACCCAAUGUCAUAUACAAAGGCUAUGCAUGCCAGAGUUUCCUUUGGAGAAGAUGGUCCCCUUGGCAAGGUAAAAUAUUCUGUUACUUGUUACUAUGCCAAGCGAUUUGAAGCCUUAAGAAGGGUCUGUUGUCCUUCAGAGCUUGACUAUGUAAGAUCUCUGAGUCGCUGUAAGAAAUGGCGAGCUCAAGGUGGUAAGAGCAAUGUAUUCUUUGCAAAAACCUUGGAUGAUCGAUUUAUCAUCAAACAAGUUACCAAAACUGAGCUUGAAUCAUUCAUUAAAUUUGGUCCUGAAUACUUCAAGUACCUUUCUGAAUCCAUAGGCUCAGGAAGUCCAACAUGCCUGGCAAAGAUUCUUGGCAUAUAUCAGGUUACGUCAAAGCAUCUUAAAGGAGGAAAAGAGUCAAGGAUUGAUGUUUUGGUUAUGGAGAAUCUUCUAUUUAGGAGGACUGUGACACGACUGUAUGAUCUUAAAGGAUCUUCCAGGUCUCGGUAUAAUCCGGAUAGUAGCGGGAAAAACAAAGUACUGCUGGACCAGAAUUUGAUUGAAGCAAUGCCAACUUCUCCUAUUUUUGUGGGAAACAAAGCAAAACGAUUGUUGGAGAGAGCUGUCUGGAACGAUACUGGUUUUCUUGCAGUAAUUGAUGUAAUGGACUACUCUUUACUAGUUGGGGUGGAUGAAGAGAAGCAUGAGUUAGUUCUUGGAAUCAUUGAUUUCAUGAGGCAAUAUACAUGGGACAAGCAUCUUGAAACAUGGGUAAAAGCUUCAGGCAUCCUUGGAGGGCCAAAGAACACAUCUCCAACAGUUAUAUCACCAAAGCAAUACAAGAAGAGGUUCAGGAAAGCAAUGACCACUUAUUUUCUCAUGCUUCCAGAUCAGUGGUCUCCUCCAUCUAUUAUUCCUAGUCAUUCCCAGUCUGAUUUUGGUGAAGACAACACACAUUCUAGGAAUUCAGCUGAAUGAUUCUUUGGCUUUGUGUUUCUGUAAAUUUUUACUUUGGGGAAUUAAAUCCCCCAUAAUUUUAUAUUAUAUUUUCUUUUU